AUGUUCAAAAUGAGAAAGGUCUUGGUCACCAAGGAUGUGGUGGUGAACCAGACCAGGACAGUCCCCCAGUCUCUGAUGACGACAGCUGACAGGUGCCCUGAGCCAGCACUGUCGGGUCCCAAGGACCUGGGCAUGACAGUGGAGGUGGGUGCACAUAGCGAGGAUGAUGGCUUCGAGGAGGAAGAACAUGCUGCCAUUAACUCCACGUUGGGCCAGACCAACUCCUGGCUGGAGCACCUGGAGAAGAACGACCACCACCACGCCCACCUCCAGGAGCUGCUUGAGUCUGACCGGCAGACACCCCUUGAGUUCCAGUUCGAGGAGGCCCUUAGGGAUGCCAGUCCCAGGCUCUUGGAGCCCCCAACUAGCUCCAACCCUGCCUCCCUGGGCUAG